AUGAAUGCCCAUCAUCUGCGUGCUAUUAUUUUAAAACUUCAAGAUCGUCUGAGUGACGAUGAUCGAAAACGUUUACAUUUCUUCUUCGGCCAAGACGUACCACGACGAAUUAGAGAUGAUCCGUCGCUUGGUGGCACUCUCAGUCUCAUGGAAUGUCUCUUCGACCAAGAUAAAAUCAAUGAAGAAAAUUUCACAUUUUUGAUACAUGCAUUCGAAGCAAUUCAAUGUGUCGACGCUGCAAAACUUUUGAGAGAGCAUAUGAGACAAAUACAACCGAAUGAAAUAAAACAAUCGAUGAGAAGUUUAGCUGAAAUUAUGCCAAUAACAAUUAAACAACUUUUGGACGAUCAGCAAGAUGAUAAAUACGGCACGCAACGUUGUGAAUUCUCCCUUUCUGAUAGCAACAUUUAUGACAACAACAAAGUGAUGACCAAUAGCAACGAUGCAGACAUUAGCCCAACUACUGCUAUUAUAGAUAAUCAGACGACACCACCUUUACAAUUGAAACGAAAACAAAUAUUUAGUACAACAUUGAUACUAUGGAUAUGUUUAUGUCUGUUUUUUGUGAUGUUGAUUAUUUUACUCGGAGCCAUCAGUAGAAUCUAUAUACGUCGAGAAUUACAAAAUAAUUUGCAGUUAAAAGAAAAUAUUUUGGCUGAAAGAAAGAAGUGUAACGAGACAAUACAACGGCUGAACGGCAAACUGAAAUAUGGCCACGGAGUAAGAAAUAUUCCGUGGAUUGCAGUCGAUGCUCGAUGGUCAUCGAAUGGUGUCACAGUUGCUGGAGGCAAUGGUAAAGGUAAUGCCACUAAUCAACUGAACCAUCCUUCCGAUCUAUUUGUUGAUGGCGAUCAAACAGUGGUCAUUGCUGACUUCGAUAAUCAUCGUAUCAUCCAAUGGAAGAAAGGUGAUGCAAAUGGACAAAUCAUUGCUGGUGGCAAUGGCGAAGGAAAUAGAUUGGAUCAAUUGGAUCAUCCAAGCAGUGUACUAAUUGACAAAGAUACGGAUAGUGUCAUUAUUUGUGAUCGAUUGAAUCGACGAGUAGUGCGAUGGUCUCGCCGUAGUAACGCAACAACAGGAGAAAUUCUCCUCAACAAAGUGCACUGUCGAGUCUUAGCUAUGGAUGAUCAGAAACAUCUCUACGUCUCUGACACCGAAAAAUAUGAAGUAAGACGAUAUCAACUGGGAGACCAGAGUGGUAUGCUCGUGGCUGGUGGGAAUGGCCAAGGGAAUGGUACCAAUCAAUUCCAGUGGCCGACUCAUCUCUUUGUUGAUCGACAACAGAACGUCUACGUCUCAGAUAACAGCAAUCAUCGCAUAAUGAAAUGGAAUAAAGGUGCAAAAGAGGGCAUUAUUGUCGCUGGAGAUCAAAGCGAAGGAAAUACUCUGACACAGUCGAAUUAUCCUGAAGGAAUCCUCGUCGAUGCGUUGGGUACUAUCUAUGUAGCAGACUCGUGGAAUCAUCGUGUAAUGCGUUGGCCUCAAGGAUCAAAACAAGGUACGAUGAUUGUGGGUGAAAAUGACUCAGGCGCAGGGGCAAAUCGUCUGAACUCCCCUCGUGGUUUGUUCUUCGAUGAACAUGGGAAUCUCUAUGUUGUUGAUUGUUAUAAUAAUCGUAUUCAACGUUUUUCUAUAGAAUAG